AUGGGCUGCGGGAUCGGCAAGGUGCUGCCCGAGGCACCCAAGGGGGGCUACGUCAGUGUGGUGCAAUCGCUGGUGGCCUUCAGCAGAGCUUGUGACGACGACAACGACGACGGGCCGAAGAAGCGGAGAGGUUUGGGGUUCUCCACCGGCGCCAACCACCGGCCACCGGCGUCCAACGAGCGACGGCCGGUUCUCAGGGAGGGUCCCCGUCGGGACCAAGCUGCAAAGUAUAAAGACAAGUUUGACGCACGCGUGACGGCGAGAUACGACAUCAGGGCCCUGAUCGGUCGGGGGAGCUUCAGCCGCGUCGUGCGCGUGGAGCACAGGGCGACCCGCCAGCCCUUCGCCAUUAAAAUGAUGGAGGUGGAGGCCCCGGAGGGCCGCGAGGUGUGCGCCUCGGAGCUGGCGGUGCUGCGGCGGGUGAGCCACGCGCACGUGAUCCGGCUGAUCGAGGUGUUCCAGUUCCCGCGGCGCGUCUACGCGGUGCUGGAACUGGCCACAGGCGGGGAGCUGUUGGACCGCGUCGUCAGCAGGGGACACUUCACGGAGAGGGACGCCACCGUGGCCCUGCGGAUGGUGCUGGCCGGGGUGGGACACCUGCACAACCUGGGUAUCACCCACAGAGACCUGAAGCCGGAGAACCUCCUGUACUACCACCCCGGGGCCGACUCCCGGCUGCUCGUCACCGACUUCGGACUGGCCACCUUUGGCGGCACCGGGUCGGGGGUCUCGGGUCUCGACGGCGGCGGCGGCGGAGGAGGAGACUGCACCGGAGGGGACGGGGGUUGGUCCCUCAGAACCACCUGUGGAACCCCAGAGUACAUGGCCCCCGAGAUCCUGCUGAGGAAGGCUUACUCCUGCGCGGUGGACAUGUGGGCGCUGGGGGUCAUCGCCUACGUGGUGCUGAGUGGAUCCAUGCCGUUCGAGGACGACAGUCGCACGCGGCUCUACCGAUCCAUCGUGAGAGGCAAGCUCAGCUUCCGCGGAGACCCUUGGCCCGCCGUGUCCCACCCGGCGAGGGACUUCGUCCAGCGCCUGCUGCUGUUGGACCCGGCCGCGCGCCCGACAGCCGACCAAGCCACCCGCCACCCCUGGGUGGCCACCAUGGCCGCCGGCUCCUCCGCCAGGAACCUCCACCGCUCCAUUUCCCAGAACCUCCGGCAGCGGGCGUCGCGCAGCUCCUCCCGGUGCCCGAGCAGCGCCGCCGGCAGCUCCGGCGGGGGCCACCGGCGAGGACCCGGCGGGGACAAGGAACCAGGGGCGGCGGCGAGGCGGUGCAGCCAGACGGUCCCAGGAGCACCGCCAGGAGCCUCCGACUGA